UAAUAAUUAUACUCUUAAGGGUGACAAGUCGAACUGUGUCCUCAAUAUCUUUUCAUCGAAAUAUUACUUCUAUUCAGGCUGCGGGUUUCACGAGAUAUUCGGGUCUUUCUCGGACUCUAAACCGACAUAAUAAUGUCGGUUUGAAAUUCGCUAAAUACAAAUGUCCACGUUUCGUUUACCUCACAAAUCACAACCGAUUCUAUUUAGGGUUUCCAAAUCAAGGCUUUUUCCUCUAGUGAAUUAUUAUUAUUAGCUGAACAAUGGAGUUAACAAAGGAAUCGGAAAGUUUGCUCGACAAAAUCCGACCACCGCUUCUCGAAGAUGCAGGUCUCGAAGAUUGUGCUCUACCACCGGAAUUAAUCAAAGAGGCAUUUUUCAAAGCUGCCACCGCCGUACGAUCUAUGAUUCCGCUAACGGAUGACGAAUUCGAAGGCCAGUGUGUGAAAACUCCUUCGCCAAUCGAGGAUUCUACUAAGGAUGCUCUUGUAGGAAUGACGGAGGGUAUUGACAACAUUCCCGGAAAAUGUGUUACGGAGAAGGGCGGCGGCGGUGAAGUGCCGGAAGUAACGAGCGACGUGGUGGCUGACAAUAAGGAUCCGGAAGAGGGCGGUGACUUGGUGGGUGGAUCGUCUCUUCCGGAAGGAGGUCAAUCUUGUGUGGAUGGGCUGCAGGGUUUGGAGAUUGGAGACAAAGGGGGAAAAAUUAAGAAAAAGGAAGAGGAAGAAAGUGAGAAGCCAACUCUGGUUGAAGGUUUUGUAUGAGCAAUUCUAGUUUUGCUGCAUAUCUUGUAAAUUUCUUUGAAUUAUUAUUGUACGAGUACUAAAACAUUGUCUAUUUGAAGUUUAACUGAUGUGAUUGGUGUAGUCAGAUUUUUAGUUCUAUGUUCUUUUUUCAAAGAUAUUUUGAUUUUUA